AGUCCCCCAGACCUGGAUGCAGAUCCAAACUACUGUGAACUACCACCAAAAGUCUCUGCCUCUAUCCUCCUUGGUGGACUCCAGUGCCAAGGGAGAUCUGUUGGAAAAGGACAUAGCCUCCCAGGCCGGAAUUCCCCAGGAACCAUUAAGUACCCCUCUGGAGGCCCGGGCGCUGGACCGAAGACUUCUGGCUCGGGUUACCCACUGUACACCACCUCUGACCUCGAUUCUGUCUGGAAACAUCAAGAGCAGCAACCUCCAGAAACACAUUCAUCAUGUCUGUCAAGUCCUACGAAGACUAUGGGAAAACAAGUUAUUCGUGAAGGUAGAGAAGUGUGAAUUCCACGCCCCCUCAGUCAGCUUCUUGGGCUAUAUCAUUGAGAGUGGGCAAGUGAGAGCAGAUCCUGAGAAGAUCCGGGCAGUAGCGGAAUGGCCCAGACCCCUGACCCGCAAGCAACUUCAGCGUUUUCUCAGGAGAUCGCAGACCUUCUCGUCUGCCACGUCUUCCACCUCCACGGAAUUCCUGCAGAUAUCAUCUCCGAUCAGGGUCCCCAAUUCAUUUCACAAGUCUGGAAGUCCUUUUGUCAAGCCCUGGGUGCCUCUGUUAGCCUGUCAUCUGGCCUCCAUCCACAGACGAAUGGGCAAACAGAAAGAGUCAACCAGGAUUUAG